GUUUCAGGUACCAUGCGCUGGAGGCGUUACAAUCGAUCAAUCUGGUGUUGCACGAUGCGAUCCUCGUUUCAACAAGAUCACUCACUAACACCAUCUUCAGUUGUUCACUCAUCAUCACCAACUUCCACAGGGACAGGCUUUCGACAUUGCGCAGAUUGAGUGCGACAUAUGUGGCUAGCUGGGAGAAUGCAAACCAUAUGAAGUGCUCUUUUAUCUUCACGUCAGUAUCUUACUAGGCAUACUACUUACAGCCAUACGAACAACAGCGUUUUUCACUGCGUUCAUCUAUGAACCUCAUUACAACAUAUCAAAGCUCAUCUAUUUAUUAACGAUACAGUUCUGAAAGUACAGGUACAAGAACUACAACCACGACCGGUACCAGUAAAAGUAAAUGUAAAAACUAUUAAAGAAUCAUCAAAUUGUUGUCCCACCACAACUACAAGCACCACUAGGAGCACAUCGACAACCGAACCACACCCAUACGAAUCUUCUGAUCCUAUCCAAAUCGACUCAAGAACAAACACUAAAAAUACUAACAAAAUGACUAGUAACAAACUCGGCAUUAUUUUCUUGCACGGUCUCGGAGACGGGGACCUGUCUUUUAAAGACACUAUACAGCACGAGUGGAACUUGGCACCUCUAAGCGUCCAUUGGAGAUUCCCGAUGACCCCGCAAUCACCGGUAAGAAUCUUUUAUGCCUGCGUUGGCGGAGGUUGGAAAACCAGCCUAGCAGCUUGUUUCAAUAACAUGAAGAUAGUAAGUACAACUUACAACCAGUGAUGAUCAUCAUUUUGUAGUGCAGCAAAUCUCACGGUACCUUCUGCUUUACCAUCCACCGUCACUUCUGCUUGUAUCAGGUAACCGUUUACGGCGGCGAAGUAGCACCAAAUUGGUUCGACAUGGAUACACUUCCUGUGCGCGCAGGUGAUAAAGAAAAACCUUCUGACAUAGAGAAAAGCGUACAGCGAGUCCAUAACGAAAUAAAGGCACUAGAGGAAGAAGGCGUCCCGCCGGAAAGGAUAUUCGUGAGCGGCUUUUCUCAAGGUGGAGCUAUGAGCAUGCAAAGUGGCUUGACAUACCCGAAAAAGAUCGGAGGGAUUAUAUGUCUCAGCGGGUGGCUACUAAGGGAAGAUACGUACAUUAUUGAAUCUGCCUUUUUUGAUGCUGUAGUUGACUAAGAUAGAACAAUACAUCUUCCUUUCCUGCUGGGAUACAACAAAUACAACAAAUACUUACUUGUAGACACCCCUCCCCCCCCAAAGUAGAAAAUUCCAAUUAGAUAUAGAAGAUGAAAUUCAACUUUUACUUCUUUAACUCUGAAGUAUUAUCCAAUUCCAAAAAGUAGACAGUAAUUUUUAACCGUCUAGUACUGUGCUUGAAGCACCAUCUUGACCUCCAGGUUCUCUCCCACUCAAACCGACGUCCCAUUGCUGUGGUGGCACGGAACGCAGGAUAACGUAGUUCUCACGAAUCUCCAGCCUCGCGGGAUCGAACGGUUACAAAAGCUUGGCGUCUCGAACAUAACGGUAAAGCAAUCCCCUAUGGGCCAUUCCAGUCACCCUGACCAAAUGAGCUUUAUUCCAAAAUGGAUAAAGGAGAUUGUCUCACGAACAACUGGUGGUGGGAACACUGGAGGGGGUGAUUUGUGAUUUCAUCUGCUGGAGGGGGCACUUGGAGAUAACAACUCGAAGAUCCUGAAGACUACACAGAUCUGGCGAAAAGUUCAUCCCAUGCCUGCUGAAUGACCAAUGGAGUGAGAAACACUCGAGAAUAUCAUAGACAAAAAAUAUCGAUCCACAGUGACAGCACGACUUUCCUCCAAAAUUAUGAUCGCCUUCUACGUUUUUACCAUUACUUACCUACGCAUGAAAGAAGGGACCAAGAAAUUGACAUGAAAAAACACAGGAAGCUGACGAGUGUGCACAUCAGCUCCACGCACGCCUUGUUGGGGCGAAGUCUUCCGUUCUUGCUCUUUGUUGUACUCCUGAUACCAUCAC